GGUCGGGGUGGCGGGGUCGGCCGGGGCUGUUCUGGGAAGGAAGCGCUCUCACGGUGCCUCUGCAGCAGCUUCAGCGCUUCCCUGGGGUGUGCGGUACGGUGUCAUAAGCGCUGGGAGAGGGCUACCGAAACGUGACUGAGCUGUGCCUGGGUGCGAGGUGCGCAUCCUUGUUCGGGUGCCAUCGGCGAGGAGUCAUGCUGGAGACGGGAGUUCAGACUCGUCCCGGCCCCCCGGGAAGCUGCGCGGGUGCCGCUGCCCGCUGCAGGGCACUGGCCGCAGAUGAGCGGGAGGAACUGUGCUACGUGGCAGGGUAGUGGGCUGCAGAGUCGAGUGUGUUUCUUAUCGCUUCAAAUAAUUCAGUGUGUCAUUUCGGUAGACACGAAGCUAGAAAAUAUCCGUAAAUGCCUGACGUUAACUAGGCUUGCAAGAGGACAUGGGGUUUGCUUUGGCGUUGUUGGCACAGUGCUCUGUUUUGAAGUGAUUAUCGCUAAGUUUGUCGCCCAAAAGAAGUUUAUGUAACUGAGGAAGAUCUAGGUGCAGAGGUUCCCUUAGCUAAACCUUCAUGAAAAUUUGGAGGCAGGCUGGAGCUUGCAGCCAAAUUGGUUAUUUACUUAGCAAAGUAUGUUGUAGUUACUUUUUGCUUGUUUUCCUUCCCACUCAUAAGCUUAAAUCAUCCCAGAAGGACAAGGUCCGCCAGUUUAUGGCAUUUACCCAGGCUGGUGAAAGGACUGCUAUAUACUGCUUAACACAGAAUGAAUGGAAACUAGAAGUGGCAACAGACAACUACUUCCAGAAUCCAGAUUUAUACUACAAAGAAUCCAUGAAAAAUUCAGUAGACAAGAAGAAAUUAGAACAAUUGUAUAAUCGAUACAAAGAUCCACAAGAUGAAAAUAAAAUUGGCAUUGAUGGGAUUCAGCAGUUCUGUGAUGAUUUAAGCCUGGACCCAGCCAGUAUCAGUGUUCUGGUUGUGGCAUGGAAAUUCAGGGCAGCUACUCAGUGUGAAUUCAGUAAAAAGGAAUUUGUUGAUGGCAUGACAGAGUUGGGGUGUGACACCACAGAAAAACUAAAAGCUCUAUUGCCAAGACUGGAACAAGAGCUAAAGGAUCCAACAAAGUUCAAAGAUUUUUAUCAGUUUACUUUUAACUUUGCUAAAAACCCAGGACAAAAAGGUCUAGAUCUAGAAAUGGCAAUUGCAUACUGGAAUUUAGUCUUGUCAGGAAGGUUUAAAUUUUUAGAUCUUUGGAAUAAAUUUUUGUUGGAACAUCAUAAAAGAUCGAUUCCAAAAGAUACUUGGAAUCUUUUGUUAGACUUUGGAAAUAUGAUUGCAGAUGAUAUGUCCAACUAUGAUGAAGAAGGAGCGUGGCCUGUUCUAAUAGAUGAUUUUGUGGAAUAUGCACGACCAGUAGUCACAGGAGGAAAACAUAAAACUUCCUAACCCCAGAUUUGUCAAUAUGGACUAAAUGAACUGCACUGGGUAAUGAAGAUUUGUUAGCUGAUAACUGUGCACAUUGGUGCUGGUUUCAGUGGUCGUGAUGGACAUUCUGCAGACAAAGCUGAAAUUCUUCCUUUCUACCUAAAGAAAAUGAUGACUGAUGUGUGGACACUUCAAGAACAAACUCAGAAGAUAGUCCAGGCUGUUUGUAGGCUACUGGCUUCAAUUAUUCUACUGGUUGUAUCAUAUAGGAUGUAGAUUUUGCAUGAUUUUAUACUUUGGAGAAGUUUAACUAGAGGCCAUUUUAUUAAAGUUUUGACAGCACAGCAUGCCAUUCAGUUCAUAAUCCAAAGUGAACACCAGCAGUUACAUAAAUAAAACUGUAUUAUAUUGUACUUAUAUUAAGAGCAGUAUUUGUGGUAUAUAAAUUAAAUCCCUAAAUAAAACUUAUGCAGUAUGUUGUAUUUUUAUAAAGGUUAGUUCUGUGGAUCUGUCCUACUAUAGAAUUGUAAAAAAAACCCCAAACCAACAAAUGUAUGCUUUUUUUGUUUUUAACUUGUUGCCAACAUUUUAAAUUUGUAUUUUCACGUCCUGGAUGUAUACAGUGAUUACAUCCAGCCUUUUGUUUUCUCCCAAUGAAUUUGACUUCGUCAUUAUUCUUGAAGUGCUUGGACAUGUAACAAUAGCAUUGCUGAGGACAGGCUGCUGCUCUAUGCGGUGAUGCAACUUCAGCUUUUUUUAGUAGCCAUUUUAAAGUAGACAUUAAACAACCAAAGAUGCUUUUAUAAUUCAUUUUUGAUUAUCAUAAUUCAGUUAGUCUCCAAUUAUGUGUUUUAUUUAUUUUUAAUAAGGAGCUGGUAGAAUAUGGAUUUUAUUUGUAGCUUGAAACAUAUCAUAAAUUCUAGCUAAAUGCAACAUAGUUGUAAAUUCAUUUCCUGGCACUUCUCAUGGAAAAUAGAUGUGAAUAAGCCCAAAGACUUAACUAGUUGGCUUCCAUGUUGGAGAAAUAGUUAAGGGUAAGGAGACUUUAUAUUAAUGAUUAUAAGUAUUCAUGCCUGUGGAUGUGUUGUGCAUUCAAUUGUAUUUAUUUAAGGGGAGAAAAAAGCAAAUUAAUGCAGUUUCAGUGAUCUCAAGGCUGGUGAAAUUGGACCAGUUUCACCAAACCGGAACUUGUUCAGUCACUUGCUUCUCCCCUUUUGCCAGCCACUGAUUAUGAAGUGCACAGAGGUGUCAGUCUUCUGUUUCUCAUCAGUGUCUUCUGAUGUCUAAGCACAAAAAAGUUUUACCAGAAACUAUUCGGCAUGUCUUCGCACAGGGCUCUUGCAAAUGCUACCUCAUCAAAAUGAGUUUGUCAUAGCCACUGUAAAAGUUUGUUAAAAUGAAGAGUUGCUGAAGAGUAUGUACAGCUAUGAUCAAUAUAUUUUCUGUAUUUAAGGCUGAAUAGAUUCAAGAAUUUUGGAUAAAAUUGUGCAUUAAGUUAUAUAAAUUAUAUCUGUUUGGAUAGUUGAAGUGUUGCAUGACAGCAUACUAUUUUAUUUUGUAGUUGCCAGGGUAUAAAAGCUUACAAUAUUCUCUUAAACUCUAAUAUUUAGAGUUUCAUACAAGCAGUCAGCUUUCAUUAUGUCAACACAACCUGCAAGGACAAGUGUACAUGCUGCAUACAGAGACUGCCUUCAUUCUUCCACUUGAUGGAAUUUCAGUUGUGCAUGAUGCUUAAAAAGCAGGGUGAGGGAAAAUUUGAACAAAUUAGCAAAUUUUCUCUUAGUAAGAGCCUAGCACUCAAGUUAGAAAUGCCCUGUGAAUGAUUUGUUACCAAUAUUUGUCUUUUUUUUUGUGAGUGCCAGCCCUGGCCGAACAGCCGCCAGAUGUCAGCGUCUGAGCCUGCUGCUGCCUCGCGCUCCUGUGCAGAGAUAACCACUGAGGUUGUGCCAAAUUACUGCUUUCUCACUCAAUCUGUUUAGAAGGGCAUUUGUGUACAUAACUCCAGGUAUUCUUCAGAAGUCAACAGAGAGCUAGAACUAGUGUUACGCUCUUUUAACUGCAUUUGAUUUAUCUAUGCCUCCUCCCCAAAACAAGCCACUGCUGUAUCUGUCCCGCAGGCUUUGCAGAAUGUGUAACAUCUUACAGCCUCAAGUGCAUUUACCUAGCCAGAAGUAGUGGAAUGCUAGUUACUCACACAAUUGCCACUUAAAAUAUAUAGAUAUAAUAUAACUGACCAGAAGUAGCUUAAUCUUUUGGUAUGUGAUGUAACUGAAGUUUCAUAGCACUAGAGCUUGUGAAACAUUUGCUCAUGAUGAGAGCUCCAUCAAAUCAUUCUGAUUCUACCUUUUAAAAUAAAUAGAGCAUAAAAAAUGCAUGUGGGUUGAGGGGUUUUUUUCUUGUUAAUCUGAGCAAGAAGGAAGGUGCUUAGCCUAGGAUUCAGUGUGUGUACAUAUACAUAUAUACACAUACAUAUAUAUAUAUGUAUAUACAUGUAUGUAUAUAUAUAUACACACACGCACAUUUAAACCUCAUUCUUGUGCAGAUCCUUCAUGGGUGACACCUUCCAGCAGACAAAUACUGGGCAAAAUACUCCAAAGAUAGUUGUUCCUUGUCAGCCAGCUUUUGAGGUUUGCUAUGCUUUUCCUUGUUCUUCCCGGCCUUCUACCCAUUUUAAACCACAUGUGCUUUUUAUAUUCCCAUACAUAAUAGCAUGGAGUAACACCUUCACACUUGAACAGUCAUAAAAAAUGCAAAUAAACUGCUUUCACCUUACAGAUUUCUUACCUAUUUUAAUCAUUUGCUGCUGUCCACAGUUCCACUUUACAGGGUACUCUGACUUCCAUUUUAAGUAAGCUGAUACAGUGGUAACACCCAGGCUGCUCAAUUUGUAAUCCUAAAUGGUACAGAUGUCUUCAAGUUGUUCAGUGCAUACAGUAUUACUUCACAGAUAUGCUGUAUGUAUUUUUAAACUUGGUGCCAAGUUGUUUGGUUUGAAACUGAGCCAUAGGAUUUGUACUUGCCAGUUCUAAAUUUAAAUGUAAUUUAUCAUGUGUGUCAUGCCAAGGAGAGCAAACCUGCAGGCAUCUGCUCAUUCAAUGCACCUGGGAGAUUUGCUGCUGAGUAAGCUGUACGUGUGUGUUUAUUUUGUGGCAAUGGAAAAAGGAAUAAAUGGACUGUCAAAGGAUUGAAGUCA